GGCCCGGGGCGGGGCCCAGCGGUGACAUUGAACAGCGCCCAGCAGGUCCGGGGCAGCGCCAUGUGGGGCCGCGCCGAUAUGGCUAUUAAACUGCUAGGAAGAAAUAUUCCUUCAGUUCUGAGGAUGACUGAGGGAGUGGACCUGAAGAUAAGCAGAAGGCUGUGCAGUAAACCCCAGCAACACCUUCAGUCAAAGAGUCGAUCUCCUUCGGGGGUGCCUGGAUACAAGCCUACUGACUGGGAGAAAAGGUUUUUGUUGUGGGCAGGCCAUUUCAAAAAGGCAGAGGAUAUACCAGAGACUGUCUCGCUUGAAACAGUGAGAGCAGCUAAGACUACCCUGCGUGUGAAGUUCAGCUAUUUCAUGAUUGCCUUGACAAUAGUGGGAUGCAUCACCAUGGUGAUCAGAGGGAAGCAGGCUAUGAAAAGACAUGAAUCUCUUAUGAGCAUAAACCUGGAGAAGAAAGCCCAGUGGAGAGCAGAAGGUGCAUCCACUAAACCGUAAAGGAGGAAAUUAAGCAAUCAAGGACUGGGGGAGAAAAGCAAAGUUCCUUUUAGCACUUAGAGCAGGAUAUCAUCACAUCUUUCCUGUGUGUUGGUUCUGUGCUUUCAUGUUCAAGAAAGAAUAAAUAAGUUGUUCUGUAAUCAAUAAAACCAAAAAUACCUAUUUUCUUUUCCUAAUA